GACGUUCUCUUCUUCACACGUUCACCGUCUGAGUCGCGUCGACUGAGUCGACGCGGUGGAGACGGAGCGUGUCGUCGUCCAUGCUCCGAACACUCGUGGCACUGCUGGCGAGCGGCGCUUGGAGUUACAAGCUGUCGCUCGUUCCCAAUGAAGUCUCCAGGCAGGCGUUAUCAUCAGCCGGAGUUCUGCAGGAGGUGUCCUUUCUCGAAGGAGAGGCUCUCUCAGGCCGUGGAGGCUAUCAGCGGACCGGCCGUGAAGGACCCGGCUCCGUGGUCCAUUCCCCGACGGUUGCUCUUCAACCACAAGGUCAACCUCUUGAAAGCAGCUGACUCCAGCCUGGACAAGGAGAGCAAACUCCUGCGCGAGAAUGUGCGUCACACAGUGAAGUUGUUCCCGGAUGUGGCACCGUCCGACGUGCAUUUCUGGGACGACCACGAGUGCCAAAGCGGGAUUGAACAAUUGCCACUGGAGGAGAGUGAAGCUUUGGGGCUGGACUUCGCCCGGGAGAAGGUGGGAAUGAUCAAAUCGGACUUGUGCCGUCUGGUGAUGAUGUACAAGCUGGGUGGCUACUACUUCGAUACGGACAUCCUUCCACUCCCGAACCUCGAGCAGCACCUGGAGCGCCAGGCCACCUUUGCCACGGUCAUAGCAGACGAUGGCAAGAGCUAUUUCCAAGCGUUCUUGGCUGCGACGCCCAAGCAUCCAGUGAUCCUAGAGUCUCUGAAGGAGUUCAAGCGUUGGUAUGACCAGCUGAAUAGGCCUGGCAUCAAUCAGGAUCGUUUGCGCUCGCGGACGGCGAAGGGAAACAUUGGCACUGCGCUGAUGAGACAGGCCUUCCGGAAGUGGUCCGAUGGGGCCAAGGAGGACUCGGUGGUGAAGCACCCCGCAGGACAUCUCUCCCAGUUCUUCGUGGAGCACAAUGACAGGGUCUUAACUCAGAAGCGCUAUGAAGGAGUCCCGUCACAUCUGUCGGGCAAUCUUUGUAACUACGCUGUGGUCGACCGACGCUCCAAGACGGUGGUCAUGUUCUCCCGGAUCUAUGACAAGCACUCAAAGACGCUGUGUAAGGAAGAGGUGGACUUCAUCCACACCAUGUGAUUCCAUAGGACGCAGUCACUGCUGCUGGCAAAAAGGGGCUUGCGGAGGUUCAUGACCUUUGCGCACUCUUGGAUGAUUGCAAGACCGUCCUGAUGCCAAGAACUCUGGUGUAUCCUUGUGCAUCAAUUGUAGUCCAGUACAGAACAGCAGCUUCUUGGAGUUUCACAGAUCAAGAUACAUCAUGGUACAA